AUUUCCUCUCUCUUUCCCCUCACACGGUUUCUCAUUACAUCAUUAAAUCCAAAAAAAAUAAAAACACAUCUCAAACUUCUUCAUUUCUCUCCUUCUAUUUCCUUCAAAAAUAUCGAGGUACCAUUACGAGCUCAAUAAUAAUAUAUACGUUCGUAAAAUGGCUAGCCUCCAAUCCGAUCAACAACUCAAACAACUCAAAGAAAUAUUCGGACGAUUUGAUCUUGAUCACGAUGGAAGCCUCACACAACUAGAGUUAGCUGCGCUUCUUCGUGCCCUAGGGCUCAAACCAACGGGCGAUCAAAUUCAUACAUUAUUAGCAAAUAUGGAUAAUAAUGGCAACGGGUUCAUCGAAUUCGAUGAACUCGUAAACGCCAUAAUGCCUGAUAUGAAUGCAGAAAUUUUAAUAAAUCAAGAACAAUUAAUGGAAGUUUUUCGAUCGUUUGAUCGAGACGGUAACGGUUAUAUAACGGCUGCUGAGCUGGCCGGGUCAAUGGCUAAAAUGGGUUGCCCGUUAACGUAUAAAGAAUUAUCUGAUAUGAUGCAAGAAGCUGAUACUAAUGGUGAUGGUGUUAUAAGUUUUAAUGAGUUUGCUAAUAUUAUGGGAAGAUCUGCAGCUGAUGUUCUUGGAUUAACGGUUUCGUAAUCAGAAAUGAAUUCAGGAUUUGAACUUUACAGGUCAGAUUAUUGGAUCUUUUAUUAUGUGUAAUGACUAAUGAUCAAAGGAUUGUAGACAAGAAUUUGACUAUGUCAAAGUAUUUUGAUAUUAUGUGAACCUCAAUGUAUACUAGUUUCGUUCACUU